AUGCCUGAUCAUGUCACCUCAGCAGUGAUGUAUGUGGCCCAUCCUGAGAACUGCGGAUGUUGGGCGAAUGCUGAUGUGAUGAGGUGUGUUGGGGCUUUCGAGCCCAUAUUGGUGACAGCGCCGUGGGAUACAAUGGCUGCUACAAGUGGUCCUGCACCAAGCACUUUGGAAGAGCAGGUACUGACUGGACCAAAGGCUUUGAUGCUUGUCUCAUGUCAACUAGGGGUGAAUAACCCCCAGAAUGCAAGCGCAACACCGUAUGCUGUUUGGCCCCCUAAAAUUCCAUUGCCUCCUUACACAAGAGUUAUGAUCUGUGAGCGAGAACAAACUCUGGAACCUCAAGACUUCAACCAACUCCUUACGUGCAUGAGAUACACUUUGAGCCUCACCGCUUCAUUGGAGUACUGCACAAAUCCAGAGCUAAUCUCAAAGAUCAUAGGGGGACAGCUUGCCUUUCAGAUCAAUAAUGCUCACAACACCUCUUUACCCGACUCAAUCCUUUGGGCCAGCAUACCUUGUAGAGAGAGGAUAUUAUUUGAUGAUAGCACGUCUAUAGCAGGGAGUAGGGCACUGCUCAGGGUAGGACCGUGGAUCUCAGAGGCAAUUCUAGACUUGAAUGAAAAACUGGCAGGAGAGACAGCUCCAAAGUCUCACCUGACUGACCUGAGAAGCACCCAAAGAGCCAGGAGGAGUGAACAAACAGCAUGA